UACAUUUUAGGCUGCUUUUGCAUUAUAAACAAGUAUAAAAUGUGUGUGUGAAACCGGCCCAAUGUGUUUCGUGCACGCGGAAGACUACAUUCCCCAUGAUACUCACGCCAAAUCAGCCUCGGCCAAUAAGAAGUCCGUUUGUUGAAUGGGCGCAAAAAUCUGUUGUCUGGGUUUACAGGUACACAUUGAGAGAGUUAAUCUCCGGUCAAAACAAAGGGAAAAAUAUUUAACUGUAAUGAACGUUACUGAGCUUUACUCCAACGAGGGGUACGAGUGAAGAGCGACUCUCCGGGAGACAGGUCGCACGUCGUGUCUAGCGUAAUGCUAAACAAACUGCUCGCUGCUACUUCAUGAAUUGAGCUCUUAUUGCUAGCCAGCUAACACGUUAGCGCUGCCUCUUACAAGCAAUGUCCAGUCUACCACAAAAUAACUUGAAGGAACAGCUAGCGAGGCACAGCAAUGCUGCUCAAAGCAAGCAGUCUGUUGCUAAACCUAAACCGGGGGCUUUUUCUUUCAAAAAGAAGUCCUCAUCAGGUACGACCAAGGUGGAAGUCCCUACCAAGGUAAUCAGCUCAAAUGUUUUGGCAAACAGGAAUGUCAAUGUCCACAAGAGCGGUUUGGUGACUCCAUCUCCUUUGACAUUUUCAAACAAGCUUGAGAGACCUCAAAAAUCCAAAAUCAACAACUACUUCUCUGUAAGUUCAAAAUGCAAGUCGGAUACCAUCAGCCCAGCAGAUAUUGCCUCUCCUGCAUCCCAAACACCUUCAGUGGUCUCUGAUAUUAAGUCGGCUCCAGCUAAAUCUGACAGCCUAUCUUGUAGCAGUAAUUCAUUCAAUUUCACAGCUCUGGAUGUGUCACGUAGUUUUCCUGUGGACAACUGGGAUGAUUUAGAUGACUUUGAAACACCAGCCAAGGGAAAAAACAACUCAUUCAGUUCAGAAGUAUCAGAGAAAAGUGGCAAACUACUGCCAUCCCCUACUGGAGAAAAAGCACAAUCGACAGGGAAACUAAACUAUGAUUCCUUAUUUAAAACAUCCAAAUUAACUAGCAAGAGUGGUAAGCAAACCUGCAUGGAAACAGAUGAGCCAGAGGAAAAUGUCAACACUGCUGCAGUUUCACCAGGACCCAGUUUAAACCAGGAACCAGCAGACUGGUCAGAUGAGGAGGAACUUGCCAUUAAGAUGAACAGAAAACAUCCUGCACAUCUAAAGCAUAUCUUGAGUGACAGUGAAGAAGAUAAUAAUGCUGAGCUGGAACCUUUUACAGGAAGCACAGGUAACAAGAAAAUAUGGAUUGACCCAAAGACAAUAGAGAUAGAUGACAACUCUGAGCCUGAAGAUGACCUUGAUUGCAUUCCACCUUCACCCAUCCCUGAUGAGAUCAUUUACGCAGGCUCAGCACUGGAGACAAGAGCUGAAUCAGCUGAUGCUCAAAUUGGAGACAAUGCUGUGAAAUCAAAGAGCCCCGUCGCACUGCAUGAACCAUCCGAGCUCUGCUUAAAAGACAAAACAAAUGAAAAACUUUUUGCUAUCAUGGAGUCCAUUUGUGCUCUGGUUGACUCCAUCCCUGAACAUGAAUUAAUUGCUUUGUCCUGUGGAGAUGAACUUUUACUGAAGAGGGCCCAGAGGAAGAGAAUUCUUGCAACUGGCGGUGACUGUUUGUUUAGGAUGCAGCAGCCAGACAGCACAGUGAUUUCUGAACCCAGCUUCAAAGAAACAUCUUUUUCUAGCAACGGUGUUUCAUCGAACAGCUCUGUGCCUGUGGACUCCAAGAAGCCUCCUCAGCAUAGAAGAUCUUCAGUCAUCUCUGUGGACUAUGACUCUGAUCACUCUGACAGUGUUAUUGAUAUAAAGCCCUUGGAUAAUAAGGACAGCAGGGCAAUAGGUGUUGAAACUGACAGUAUCUGUGACUCUCCAUCAGCACACAGGUUCACAAAGCCAUCUUUUAAUAUAUCUGAGAAAUCAAGCAUUGAUCUUGAUGGCUCAGACCUCUGCUUCUCACCCAAGGACUCAGAGAGUGGUGCGCAGAAGAAAUCGAACAACACCCCAACAUUUGUAGCUGCUGAAGAUGAAGAAAUGGAUGACUUCUAUAAUGACGACUUUGAUAUAGAUGACUUUAAUGACUCUGAUAUCCCAGAUUACUUUGACGAACCACAAACUUCAUCAGCUGUGACUACAGCAGUGAAAGAGGGGGGGCCGAGCAAGUCCUCAUGGGAAAAGAAACCAACAACACCUACUUCUGCUCCAAAGCCAUCAACAAUUUGUUCUCCAGAACCCACCUUCAAAAACCCAGCUCAUGAUCGCUUCAGAGGCUUUAACUUCCCUCAUUCACAAGAGAUGAUGAAGAUCUUUCACAAGCGUUUUGGACUUCAUCAGUUCAGGUUUAAUCAACUAGAAGCGAUUAAUGCUGCACUGCUGGGUGAAGAUGCGUUUGUUUUAAUGCCCACAGGUGGAGGGAAAAGUUUGUGCUAUCAGCUUCCUGCGUGUGUCUCGCUGGGGGUCACUGUGGUGGUUUCUCCACUCAAAUCACUCAUCGUAGACCAAGUUCAGAAACUCACCACUCUGGAUAUUCCAGCAACAAGUCUAUCUGGUGAUAAAAGUGAUAGUGAAGCAUCGAGGAUUUAUAUGCAGCUUUCAAGGAAAGAUCCCAUUAUUAAACUGCUCUAUGCCACACCUGAAAAGGUGAGUGCGAGUAACAGGUUAAUCUCCGCACUGCAGAACUUGUACGAGCGAGGCCUUCUGGCUCGGUUUGUCAUAGAUGAAGCCCAUUGUGUCAGUCAGUGGGGCCACGAUUUCCGCCCAGACUACAAGAAGCUGCAUGAACUGCGUCAGAAGUUCCCUAAUGUGGCAAUGAUGGCUCUGACAGCCACAGCUACUCCUCGAGUACAGAAAGACAUCCUCAACCAGCUGAACAUGAGUCGACCCCAAGUGUUUACGAUGAGCUUCAACAGAACAAACCUGAAGUACUCAGUGCUGCCCAAGAAACCCAAAAAGGUGGAUGAGGACUGCACCAGCUGGAUCAAGAAGCACUACCCACGUGACUCUGGCAUCGUGUACUGCCUGUCUCGUAAUGACUGUGAUGCCAUGGCCGAGAGUCUUCAGAGAGCAGGGUUAUCAGCCCUGUCGUAUCACGCAGGACUCAGUGACAGUGACCGAGAGUAUGUGCAGACCAAAUGGAUCAAUCAGGAUGGUUGCCAGGUCAUCUGUGCCACCAUAGCCUUUGGCAUGGGCAUUGACAAGCCUGAUGUGCGCUAUGUGAUCCACGCUAGUCUGCCUAAAUCAAUGGAAGGAUACUACCAGGAGUCAGGGAGAGCUGGCAGGGAUGGAGAGAUCUCUCACUGCAUUCUCUUUUACUCCUACACCGACGUCCAGCGCAUCAAGAGGAUUAUCAGCAUGGACAGAGAAGGUGACAGACACACCAAGGCAACUCACUACAACAACCUACACAGCAUGGUGCACUUCUGUGAGAACGUGAUGGAGUGCAGAAGAAUUCAGCUGCUCGCUUACUUCGGAGAGCUGAAGUUCAACAGAAACUUUUGUAAGGACCAUCCAGACGUCAGCUGCGACAACUGUACCAAACCCAACCAAUACAAGAUGCGAAACGUGACUGAAGACGUGAAAAAGAUCGUGAGGUUUGUCCAGGAGAACUGUGAGAAAGUCGGAGCAAGGUUUGGCAAGACUGCUAACCAAAACAGACUGACCCUCAACAUGCUUGUGGAUAUCUUCAUAGGCUCUAAAGCUGCCAAGGUACAGACAGGAAUGUUUGGCAUUGGAGCAGCCUACUCCAGACACAAUGCUGACCGUCUUUUUAAAAAGCUGGUUCUGGAUAACGUCCUGGUUGAAGACCUCUACAUCACCAAUGGUGGGCAAGCUGUGUCUUAUAUCUCCGCUGGAACAAAAGCAAUGAAUGUGCUGUCUGGACACAUGCAGGUGGAGUUUUAUGAGACUGAGAGCGCGUCCACCAUCAGGAAACAUAAAGCUGCCACGGCGAAGAACGUCUCCCGGAGAGAGGCGAUGGUGCAGGAGUGUCUUAAGGAGCUGUUGGAUCUCUGCAAGCAGCUGGGGAAAGCGUUUGGCCUUCAUUAUUACAACAUUUUCUCCACUGCCACAUUGAAAAAGAUAGCUGAAAAGCUUUCUUCUGACCCUGAAGUCCUCCUGCAAAUUGAUGGUGUAACAGAAGAUAAACUGGACAAGUAUGGAGCUGAAGUGAUUCAGGUCCUACAGAAAUAUUCUGAGUGGCAGCUACCUGAGGAGCAGGCUGACAGUGGAGGCGACGGGUGGAUAGACACGGCACGAGGUCGCACUCGUGGAAAUGACGAGGAUGACACGGAGUCCUCCACCUACUUCCGUAAUAAGUCUGCACAGGGACAGAAGAGAAAGAAGGCUCCGUUCUUCAAGUAUUCCAAGAAGAAAAAAGGAUGUGGCAACACAAGCUCCGGUUCUAAAGGCCGUGGCUACAGCAGCAAUAAAUCCUGGUCGUCCUCCAGCUCCAGGGGUGGAGGUCGAGGGUCCAGGAGCUCAGCAGGUGAUGCAUCAGCAGGCAGGAGACCAGGAUUACUGGCAGCCCCGAUGCCUCAAAGCAGCCAGCGUCCGUUCUUAAAGCCAGUAUUUUCACACUUGAGCUAGGACUCCUUCGUCCCGUAUCUGACUUUGUAGACUAGUAAGCUAAUUUUCUAAUCCACCAAGCUGCUGCUUCAUAUUGGACCAGCUAAAACGGCAUUUUCUGUACAGUUAUCGCAUGUUUAUAUUGUUGUACAUUUUUACUUUCUGUGGCUGGAAUCCUUCCCUGCACUUUUAUGUGCUUAUCUUAUUUGAUAAUAAAAAUAAAUUAAAAUUU